CUGAUACGCUGCUGGUCCAGUGGGCCUGGACUGGAAACGGCUCUGCAUCCACGACUGCAAAACCAGCGGCUGCACCGACACACACUCACUCACAUCCAACCGAGCUCCCUCCAACCAUGACUGCGAAAAACAGACAUAAGAGCAGCUCCAGCGACAAAAGCCAAACAUCCAGCCAAGAUGAUGCUUCCAAGAAGAGCCCAAAGAGCACCAGUAACGGGCUCAGUGGCUCCGCAGCCCAGGGGCCAAAGUCAGGGAGCUGUCUGGGGCUCUUUGUAUCCGCUGUGUUUUAUAUUACUUUAAUAGGGGCUGCGGGUUUUGCUGCUUUUCACCUACAGCAGAUGAUGGAGGAAAUCCGCCAGACCAGCGCAAAAAAUGAAGAGAGCGCACGGCAAAGCGCAGAAGUUAUUGUUAAACUGGAGAGCGUCGUCCAACAGGUGGAGUCUCUGAGGAGUGUUGUGGAUGGACUGGAGUCGUCGCUGGGCAUCACACGGGUGGAGAUGGAGGGGGCCAUCAGCCGGAUGAAGAAGGGAGAGGUGGAGACCAGGAAGGUUGAGGAGGCCCUUCACAAGCUCCAGAAUGAUCUACUCAGGGACCUCUCUCAGGGCAUUACUGAGGUGAAGGAGGCUCGUGAGAAGGACUUCUCCUCCUUAGAGAAGACUGUGGAGGAGCGCUUGGCUGAGGUGAGUCAGUCCAUCACAGCCAGCGUCACCGAGUUCACCGAAGCUCAGGGAGAGGCGCAGAGUCAGCUGGCAGAACUCAAAGCCCGUCUAGGAGACCUGGAAGACCCCACACUGAUCAAACAGGAAAUCGCUGCCAUUGUUGACACUGUAGCUGAAAUCAGAACAGCUAAGCAGGCAGCUGAUGCUUCAGUUGAUUCACUCAGGGACCAGAUAGGUGCAGUGAGAGAAGAGCUCCAGACCCGCAACCAGGAAGUGGUCUCACUGUCACAAGAAGUUGAGUCAGUCAGGACAGUGGUGCAACAGAAUAUUGGGAACCUGAAGCAGUCUGUCUCUGCAGCAGAGUCUGAUAUCCUGACUUUAAAGGAUAAAACUGCAACACUGGAGGGCAGCAUGGCACAGGCUACUGACUCUGUUCAUAAUGUGGAGCAACAGCUAGAUGAAGCAACCACUCAAGCCCAGAAAAGGUCAGAAGACCUGGAAGCCAGAGUUAGAGCAUCAGAGGAGAGUGGGGAUUCACUGUCCACAUCACUCACAGACAUCACUGCUAAAAUAGAAUCACUGCUGGCCAAGUAUGACACCCAUGAAAGUAUUCUUUCUGCACAAGGACAAAUUGCAGAUAAAACCAAAAAUGGCAUAGAGCAGGGGAUGGAGGCAUUUAAAAGCAACCUGGAGGAGCUCCAGACCAACCUGGCUGCUCUUACCAAUGCCCAAGCUAAACUGGUUGCAAAGGACUCCAGCCUGGGCCAUCAGGUGGAGGACUUGGUGAAAAGGCUGACCUCUCUGGAGGACAGCAGCACAAGCAGCGUGAAGUCAGAGCAGCUGAAGAGCUUACAAAGCAUGGUAGCUGGCUUGGAAAACAAAGCAGCUAAGCUAGAAGGCCACGAACAAGCCAUUUCUGCACUUCAGAAAGCCGUGGAGAAGACAACACAGACACUAGAAGGCUUAUCUAGAGCCCCAAAGAAGUAGGGAAAGUAGCAAACAGUCUAAUAUGACACCACCAAAACAUCCAACAUGGACAGUAAUGAGUCCAAAUGGGUAACUAGGACCUACUUGAGGCGUUUCUCAGUACUUCAUGGUUAAUGCCAGGAUGUUGCCCCAUUUCAAGUAGAUAAGGAGCGAUUGUGAGGGUUGGGUCCUAAGAGAGGGGGGCAGAGCUGGACUGCUGAUCUGUGAAUUCAAAUCCACACUCAUUCUGCACUGUAGUUUUAUUCCACUUUUUUUUUUACUCUUCUGUGUCAUGACUGUCUUUUGAUGCAGUAAGCUCCUUUUGAGCACUCCAUUGUUUACUCUUUUGCCUUUUUUUUUAACAAUAAAAACUCUGU